AUGAGGAGAAUCACCUUGGUAAUAAUCCUCACAGUGGUUGUAAUAACGACGUGCACAUAUUCGGUGAAGAGGGCCUCCCCUAGGCAGAGUCGGCAAAGUCUGCAAAGCCCGCAUAUUUUGGAGAAGAGAAAGAAAUGCUAUUUUGUGAGAUACCCCCAAAGAGAGGACCAAGUAGGAAGUACCAUCCUAAAGAAGAACGAAAAGCUGCAUCAUCUGAGGAUCUACGGAAAAGACCACAGAAACCCCCACCUGGCAUACGAAUAUGUAAAUAAAAUAAUUGAAAACAAAAAGUACGAAGUGAGCAAACUAUUGGAAGAAAAUUUUGAGGAAGACAACCCUCUACAAAUAAGAAUGAAAUAUUUGCAACACACGAUGAAUAAUAAGUUGUCGGAGAGUCUGAAGAGGACAAGUCCAGAUGAGAAGCACAGGUUGUCGAUGGUGGCUGACAUGAAGAGAAAAAUAUUCUGCAGUGUGGCUAGAAAGGAGGAAGGAGGCCACCCCACGGUAGAUGAAGUGAUAAGGGAAGAGGGAAUGUCUCAAGCGGAGGCAGGAACUGGAGAAAAUGCCGAAAAAAGGAGACGCAUCUGGAAGGACGAAAAUUACAUGUAUCAGAGUAACUUUCUCAAUUUGUCGAACCCAGGCAAUGUGAGUCUGAUGCUGCACGAAAUAGGCUUCGACGUGUUGAUAGUAAACAUUGAUAAUCUGUCUACGCAGGGGAAUUUAAACGAUUUAUGUGAUGUCGUUAGGAGUGUCAGGAAGUUUCCCCGAAAUGUGCGACCCGCAGUAGUGGUGGACGAUGUGAUCAUUCACCCCAUCCAAAUUGCCCUCGCAGUGGAGAACAAAGCAGAUGGAGUUAUUUUAAAUUUAUCCUAUUUAAAGAAUGACCUCGAAGACAUGUUAAACUAUUGUGUUAAUUUAGGAACCCAAGCAAUUGUAGAGGUCCACGAUUACAAUGAUAUUUACUUCGCCACUCAGUGCGGCAGCUACAUACUAAUGAUAAACGAAUUCGAUUUUCUGAAUAAUCAAUAUGAGUACAAUCAUGCGAUAAAGGCCAUCAGCUACGCCAUCCCCGAGUUAAUUACCAUUGCGAAAAUUAAUGUGGAUGAUUUUAAUUAUGCACACAAGUUAGGUAGUCUGGGUUAUGACAGCAUAUGUUUAGAAAAAAAACUUGUAGAUAGCGAUUUGCCCAAUUUUGUUGAGGCUUGUAAGAGUUGGGAUGCCCCUCAUAAAACACUGCUCUAUAUGAAUAGGAACAAUUAUUUGAAAAAUUUUUUAACUUAUACGAAUAACCCAUCGGGGGAGACACACAAAGACAUUACGGAGAAUUUGAAGAAAAUCUACGACGAUAAAAAUCUGCAGAAUAGGACUUCCCACGAGCUUUUGAAAAAUUACGAAAAAGAUUUUAUCGAUGCCGUGGAGGAGGGAGUACCUGGGCAGUCAAGCGAUCUACAACACACACAGCAGGGGAAGACAGACCCACUUCGAACGGGAGACAAACCAAAUGGGGAUAAUCCCCUGGCGGAAGAAGGAGAAAAGGCGAAGGACAACCUCCUAACGAGUGAUGAAAAAAAAAUCGUGCAAAAUUUUAAGAGCGAAAAAAAAAGAGAGUUAUUCCUUCUGAACCAAAUGAAAGACAUCAUAAAGCAAGUGGAUGAUCAGUGCAAAAAUUACGACUCCUUUUCUGAAGAGGAAAAUAAGAAAAAGGAAGAAAAAUUGGAAACCCUUUUGGAAAACUUUACCAAAAUGGAUAAAAAUUUUUUAAGAGGGUUCUUUUCGGAUGAAGAAAUUAAGAACAUAGAGAAUAGUAUUAAGAAGUCCCUGCAGCAGAAGGAGAAAAUCCAAAAGGGGGAAAUAAACAUUGACGAUAACAGUGUGGCUAGGGACAUUUAUGGAAUUCCGACUAGCCAGGGGGAAGAUUUAGACAUUUCGAAGCUGACGAAGGAGUUUUUUGACAACGAUUCCGGGGGGGAGAAACCGUUGGAUGAAGGUUCACAGAAAUUAGGGGGUGGUUCCACGGACGAUUCCUCAGAUGGUGCAUCUUCCAGGGGGGUGGACUCGCAGUAG